GGAUUUUGAUUUGCCUGAGUUUUGCCUCCCACCGCACCCCAGAUUUUGCUUAGUCCGGGGAAGGAGUCAUAGCUAUAUAAACCCACUUCCUCGAGGACGUAGACUUGUUUCCUUUGCACUAUCAUCAACAUCAUCCCUGUCAAGUCAAGAAGAUCCGACAAUCUCCUCAUUCCCCCCGUGUCCAAAUUACUCUUCCUUCUCUUGCGCUUUGACUCCUUCCACUCCCCUACCUCCUUGUCUUUGCUUCUCAUCCAAGAAGACACAAAUUAAGCAAAUAUCUCACCCCAGCGGGUGACUAUCAUCCAUCAUGGGUAUCCUAUCGAUGGUCGAAGAUCGGCCAACGCCUAAGGAGGUCUACAACUGGAGAAUCUAUCUCCUGGCUGCGGUCGCCUCCUUCACAUCAUGCAUGAUCGGUUAUGACAGUGCCUUCAUCGGCACGACUCUGUCCCUGGACUCGUUCAAGAACGAAUUCGACUGGGAGUCCAUGUCGAAGGCGACGCAGGACCUUGUCAGUGCCAACAUUGUUUCCUGCUACCAGGCGGGAGCCUUCUUCGGAGCGUUUUUCGCGUACCCGAUCGGGCAUUUUUGGGGUAGGAAGUGGGGCUUGAUGUCGGCUGCGCUGGUCUUCAUUCUGGGUGCGGGUCUGAUGCUCGGUGUCAACGGCGAUCGUGGUCUGGGCCUGCUCUAUGUUGGCCGUGUCCUGGCUGGGAUCGGCGUAGGAGCGGGUUCCAACAUCACGCCUAUCUACAUCUCCGAAUUGGCUCCACCUGCAAUCAGAGGCCGCUUGGUGGGUGUCUACGAGCUGGGCUGGCAAGUUGGAGGCUUGGUCGGCUUUUGGAUCAACUACGGUGUCAGUGAGACACUGGCUCCGAGCCACAAGCAAUGGAUCAUUCCCUUUGCUGUCCAGCUGAUUCCCGCUGGCAUGCUGCUCAUCGGUAUCGUGUUCGUCCGCGAAUCCCCGCGUUGGCUGUUCCUACGUGGAAGACGCGAGGAGGCGAUCAUGAAUCUCUGCUGGAUUCGCCAGAUCCCGGAGGACCACAUCUACAUGAUUGAGGAAAUUGGUGCCAUCGACCAGUCCAUUGAAGCCCAGAGGAACUCUAUCGGACUGGGCUUCUGGAAGCCCUUCAAGGCCGUCUGGUCGAACAAGAAGAUUAUGUACCGGCUGUUCCUCGGUAGCAUGCUCUUCUUCUGGCAGAACGGCUCGGGGAUCAACGCCAUCAACUACUAUUCUCCCACCGUGUUCAAGAGCAUUGGCCUCAAGGGCACGAACUCCAGCCUGCUUACCACAGGUAUCUUUGGCGUUGUCAAGACCGUAGUGACUUUCGUCUGGCUCCUCUGGCUGAUCGAUCGGGUGGGAAGAAGAAACCUCCUGCUGAUCGGUGCUAUUGGUGGCUCAGUGUGCAUGUGGAUCCUGGGAGCGUACAUCAAGAUCGCUGAUCCCGUUUCACACAACGCCCAGUCGCUCAACAGCGGUGGCAUUGCGGCCAUUUUCUUCUUUUACCUGUGGACUGCGUUUUACACGCCCACCUGGAACGGUACUCCCUGGGUCAUCAACUCGGAAAUGUUUGACCCCAAUGUGCGAUCACUGGCUCAAGCCUGUGCCGCCGGCUCCAACUGGCUGUGGAACUUCCUCAUCUCGCGGUUCACCCCCCAGAUGUUUGCCAAGAUGGGCUAUGGCGUGUACUUCUUCUUCGCGUCGCUGAUGAUCCUUUCGUUCAUCUUUGUGUACUUCUUGAUUCCCGAGACGAAGGGUGUUCCGUUGGAAAACAUGGAUCCCCUCUUCGAGAUCAAGCCGGUGUGGAAGGCGCACGCCGCCGUCCUGGAACAGAUGCGCGAGGACGAACAGCAAUUCCGUCGGGACCUGGAGGAGUCCGGCUUCACCAAGACUGAGAUUCACCAGGUGGAAGACACGGCGAACAAGGUCUGA